GCACCUAGAAUUAAAAACUUACAAAACCCGCUCGCGCUGCCUCUUUCUCUAAUAUUCCAUCAAUCAUUUGCUGAAUCUACUAUUCCCGCCCGAUGGAAACAGGCAAUAAUCAUCCAAAUUCUCAAAAAGGGUAAUCCCUCAUCCUCUCACAACUACAGACUCAUUUCGUUGACGGACCCCUUUGUGCGCGUAAUGGAACGCAUCAUCUGCUCCCGAAUCCGCACGGAUUUUUCCCAUCUACUUUCCCCCCAUCAACAUGGGUUUUUACAACUCAGAAGCUGUCCUUCUUCUCUAGUGCGCUCCAUUACUCUCUAUCACUCUAUAAUUAGGCAGAAAAAUUAACUUGAUAUAAUUUUUUUCGAUUUUGCCAAGGCGUUCGAUAAAGUCUCCCAUUCGAUCCUCCUCAAAAAACUUGCUACAUUUGGAUUAGACCCCCUCACUUGUUCUUGGUUCAAAGAAUUCCUUAAUCAAAGAACGUUCUCAGUAAAAAUCAAUAGGUUUUUAUCUAAAAACACCUACCCCAUUUCUUCAGGAGUCCCGCAGGGUUCCGUUUCGGGGCCUCUCCUCUUCAUUUUAUUCAUAAACGACUUACUGAUUGAUCUUGAACACUCUAUAAACGUCUCCUGCUUUGCGGAUGACAUUAAAAUCUAUCAUCACAACCCUUUAAUUAUCCAACAAUCUAUCGACACUAUUGUUAGCUGGUCCAAGAAGAAUGAGCUGCCCCUCGCCCCUGCAAAAUCUUCUUCCCUCUCUCUGGGUUCCCUAAACACCAACCACUCAUACACAGUUGAUGGUGUUCCCAUAAUCCCCUCUUCUACUGUUCGCGACUUAGGUCUUGCCACCGAUCCCAAGCUUAAAUUUGAGGCCCACAUUGCCAAAGUUAGUUCGCAUUUUCUUCCAACUCACCUCACUUCUACGGGUUUCUUUUCAAAACUUAUGUGGCUCCAAUUAUAAAUUACUGCGCGGAGGUUUACUCUCCUUCCCCCAAUUCAUUGCUCUCGACUAAACUUGAGAAACCUCUUAGACACUUUACCAAGCGCGUUCUGCAACGAUGUAAUACUAAAUUCUCCUCUUAUGAAGAUAGACUUAGCAUAAUGAAACUUUUCUCCACCAGACACACUAGAAUUAAAACUCAAAUGAAACUACUCUAUAGGUUCCUCACUGGAUCCUCCCACUUCCCUAGGCUUAAUCAAUUUGUCUCAUUCGCUAGCUCUAAUAGGCACCCUAUGAUUCUCGUUAGAAAGGACAGUUGCACCGCUCACUUUUUCGCCCAAUCAGUUCCCAUUUGGAAUAAUCUUUUCAAAAACGUCCCGGUUUUCCUCUCUCCUUUCCAAUUUCUCACUUUCUCGAUCUUCACAUUCCCCGGUAUUGAAACUAUGUGA